AUAGAAAAGAAUUCAGUGGGACAGUCUUUCGUUGGCAGGUACAACUAAAACAUCGGCUUAAUUUCUAAGUUUGCGAAGAGUGAAAAAUAUCAAAGUUUUUGCCAAAAAUCGUAUCUUCGGUAAAUAGGCAUAUGUAUAUCAGAUUGGAUUUCGAUCGCAAAGAUCGCGUAUCAAUUGUACAUCGAAUUUUAUUCCCGGGAAAUUAAUAAAACAUUAAGAGCGAUGUUGCUCCAAAACUUCAAACACAAUCAGUUGCAAAACAGCUGCAAUUCUAAAGAAUUUCUAGAUAAAUACUAUCAAUGUUCUACCGCAAUAACUUCAUUGACAAAUAAUCAAAAUGGUAUUAAUAAUUAUCAAAGCUAUGAACUAUUUAGCAACGACAAAAGUGGUUUGUGGGGGAAUAUAAAAAUGGAACCUAUGAACAUUCUUGAACACUCAUCAACAUUUCAACAAGAAUCAGUGAUGCAAAAACAACAGCAAGAAGAACAGCAAGUGUCACAAAAUGAGCAAUCAUAUUUUAAUUUCGCGACAACAAUGGAUUAUAGUGAAGCAACCGUAAAGAAGCAGAUAAAGGCCAAACGUACCAGAACGGCGUACAGUAGUACACAAUUGAUCGAGUUGGAGAAGGAGUUCAGCGCAGGGCGUUAUCUUUGUAGAGCGCGACGUAUUCAAAUAGCGAAGAACCUGAACUUGUCUGAGAAACAAAUUAAAGUAUGGUUUCAAAAUCGUAGAAUGAAGGAUAAGAAAGAUAAACCCGAAUCUAACAAGCUGAUCGAAUCCAUCGACACUUCGAAAAAUGCGCCGUCCAGUAGCGCGACAAUGCACCAUUCGGAGACGGUCUUCAAAAUCAAUGAUUCGAAAUCAUCGACCUGGAUGUUUCCCAAGAUCACGGAAACCGCCGGUCCUUCGUACGCAUAUCCGAGCGACGUGUCAUCGAACGACAGUCAGACCAUAAAAAAUUAUGGAAUUCUCGAUGAGUAUAAGAAAGCACAGAAUUAUUCUAGUAUGUCGAUCGAAUCGGCGCAGCAAACGCAAAUGCAACCCUCCUCCAGCAACGUUUUGCAAAAUGAUAUAUUUUAUGCCUCUCAAGAGGGAACGUAUGCGUAUCAACAGCAAACCAACUACUGCGCCACUCAAUCACAGAUGAGCAACAAUUACUUUCAGUGGAACUAUCCGCACGUACAGGGCAGUAUCGACUUGCUAAAUGCGAAUUCUUAUGCGCAGAAGCUGAACAGCUGUGCACGUAACGACAACGCAAAUUGUCCAUUGAAUCAGAACGCGUCGCUGCCUCUUCAAGAGAAUAUCUACGAUGAUCUUUACAAUUCUGAGAAUUACAUGCAGUUGUAAGGCAUCUACGUAGAACGCAGUAUACGUGCAUAUGUGAUAUUGGACAAACGGGAGAAUGUUGAGUCCAACUGGUUUAUUUGUAAGUGCAUAGUGAGAGAUGUAACGAACCGUCUUUAACGAACUUCUUUAAAUCAGUGUAAUUCAUAUCGCAAAAAAAAUCUUGAUAAUACUCUUACAAAUAUAGAUAAAUCCAAAGGAGAUUACUUUAUACCAGUGUCGUAUGAUCUCAUCGAAAUAUUGCUAAUAACAACGUCGCACACGCGUUUUGUGGUAGAGGUAUAACUACUUUGAUUCAAGAAAUUGAAAAUAAUAUAUUUUUAAUCAUUCCGCGACUUGUCGCAGUUCUCUAUCGUUUCGAAUAAAAAAUCAUGUCGCAUGUGACAAUGUUUCGAUUGUACCUGACUUGAAAAAUAAUAUUUUUAUUAUAGAAGAGAUAAGAUAAUGAAAAUGAAAGACGUGGUUGUAAAAAGAUAGAACUAACUUUUAAAUUCAUCGAGAUAAUGAAGUAAUAUAUAAUAACAAAAUUACGUAAUUAUUAUCUAAAUUGCAUAUAUAUAUAUACAUUUUUUGUGAAAAAUAAUAU